AUCCCCUGCCCACCUCCGUUUCUCGGUCCAUUUCCGGAAUCCUGCUCCCUCAAACUCCCGGGCGGGGUUUUUUGCUCCUUCAACCAAGCACGAUUGCGUAUAUGGUGGGCGGGCUCUCCAUUUUAGCCAAUAAGUAUAGACUGGUUUGGUUAUUAGCCAAUGGGGAUGGGCUAAACGUCCUCAAGCCUCUGGGGCGGGGUAGCCCCGGACCAAUCCGUGACGGCAGCGUCACGUUGGGCAGCGUCGGGCUAGAAGUUGUUCUGCGGCGGCGGUGGUGGUGGCGGCGGCGGCGGCGGCUGAGGAAGAGGCAGAGGAAGAUGGCAGAUUUUUUGAAAGGAUUACCUGUCUACAACAAGAGCAAUUUUAGUAGAUUUCAUGCUGAUUCGGUGUGCAAAGCCUCGAACAGACGGCCAUCAGUCUAUCUUCCCACAAGAGAAUAUCCAUCAGAACAGAUUAUCGUAACAGAAAAGACAAACAUUCUUUUACGUUAUCUUCAUCAGCAAUGGGACAAAAAGAAUGCUGCAAAGAAGAGAGACCAGGAACAAGUAGAACUAGAAGGUGAGAGUUCAGCGCCCCCCCGAAAAAUUGCCAGGACAGACAGCCAGGACAUGAACGAAGACACUUAGGACUCUUGCUUUCCCUCGACAACUUGUCUACAGGCGCUUCCUGUCUUGUUUCAUCACAGUGUGUAAGCCCCUUCCCUCCGCACUAUGCAGCCCAAACCACUUCUGACUUCAUAGGAGCCAAUGUAUUUAUUUCCGUAAUUUUUAUUUAUGUUGUAAAAUGUAUGGAGUGAUGGUUAAAAGCAAGUCAUCGGAUGGUGUAGUGUAACAUUGGUAGAUGCUUUUUAAAAAAAUACAUGGUCACUUUUUUUUUCCAGGUUUUACUAGAUCUGUUACUUAAUUAACUCGGAAGUAGCUGGGAAAAGGUGGGAGCCAAGCACAGCCUUAUGUGUCUUGUCCCCUCUAGGGCUGGGGCAUUGCUUAGUCCCAGAGUCUGGGGGUGGGGGUUCAGUGACAAUGCAGUCUGGGCCUUCCAGGCCUUACCCACAAGCUUCUUCUGGGACCUCUUGGAACUCACAGUGUUUCCUCCCAAUGGCAGGGCCCUUAGGAGGCCAGUGGGUUUGCUUGCAGCUCCACUCUCAGCCUCAAAAACUGUCGGACUCCUCCCUGCUGGAGUUGGUCAGUUCAGAAGGCUCUUUGUGGGCUUCUCUUGUGCCCCCUGGGCACUUGGCAAAGGCUGCAUGUUUGGGCAGUAUUGAGUGCUCCAACUGCAGGGCCUCCAUUCCAGGAAGCUGGAGUUAAACAGAACUCCUUUGGUUUUUUUGUUUUGUUUUGUUUUUUGUUUUUAUUAUUAUUAUUUUUUCCCUCCCACAUCAAUUUAAUAAGGACUGGCGUGUUCAACUUCUCCAAUCAAAUAAAAGGAUAUUUCUUAUCCCA